UUUUUUUUUUUUAGUCGUAGCGAGCCCCGAAGUUUAUUCGAUUGUCUCGUAUGCGAAAUAUAAGAGUCGUGUUUUAUUACGGAGGAGAUCUCGAGAAUAAUUGGCGAUAAUUGGUGGAAAGUUCUGACAUUCGCUUGACAUUUCUGUACCUUUACUGAUGGAUGACGAUGCAAUAGCUUUUGGAGAGGAAGAGGAUGCUCAAAAUGUCAACAAGCUUAAACAUCCAUACGUUACACUGUUUCAUUUGGCCUUCAGGAUAGCAGCUAUAGUAGUUUAUAUGCUUUGCGGUUGGUUUUCAAAUAGCUUUAUAGCGAGUUUUGUAACAGUGGUACUACUUUUAUCGAUGGAUUUUUGGACCGUUAAGAAUAUUACCGGAAGACUAAUGGUUGGCCUUAGAUGGUGGAAUUAUGUGGAUGACGAUGGCAAAAGUCAUUGGGUUUUUGAAUCCAGAAAGGGUGCACAACAGAAUCGCAUUAAUGCAGCAGAGGCGCGAAUCUUUUGGUUGGCGCUAAUCUUGUGUCCACUUUUUUGGUCAAUACUAUUCAUUGUUGCAUUGUUUGGUUUUAAAUUCAAGUGGCUUUUACUUGUCUGCAUUGCCAUUGUUUUGAAUGGUGCAAAUCUAUAUGGCUAUAUUAAGUGUAAGAUGGGAAAUGAUCAAAACAUUUCAGCAGCUACUGGUGAUUUCAUCAGAAAACAAGUGAUGCAAAAUGUUGCUUCAAUAAUGACCAGGAGUCCUCCAACAAAUAAUUCCAAUCAACCAACUAAUGUAAUAUAAAUUUGUAUAUUUGUAAGCACACUACAUGUGUGUAUGUGUGUAUGUGUGUGUCAUCUCAAAUUCAUAUAUGCCUGAUAAUUUAAUAAAUAUUUGCAAAUGUUUGUGUAUAUAAUAA